GGGGGCAUUCAGGUGGGCUUUUGUUCAGGAGGAGGGUGGGGACGCAGAGGACACGGCUCCCGGUGGCCGCUCCACCUCAGCUCUCAGACGUCGGUGUGGUCCUGGACUGGCGGUGCCCACGCGAAGGCCCUGAGUGACAGGCAGCCAUGGACAGCGACCUGAAGUUGCUGUGUGAUGGCUCCCGAAGCUUCCAGAUGUUGCACAUGUUCAACAAGUCUGUGGGGAAGCUGCAGGGGCUGCUGUGCAAGGGGGAGUACGCCCUGCUGAAGCACCUGCUCAUAUUUGAGAGUGACUUUAUACAGAUCAACAAAAGAGGAGAAGUGAUUGAUGUGCACAACAGCGUGCAAAUGGUGACAGUGGGCAUUGCAUACACUAGCCAAAACCUAACAAUACCUGAUAUCUUGUUGCUGGCACAGCCAGCUGUGAGCUAUGCAGUCAGUGCCAGAAAUGACCAAGAUACCCAGGGAAAGGGCUUCAAGUCCACAAAGAGCUUGGAGCUGACCAGGCUGCUUCCAUUGAAGUUUGUGAAGAUAUCCAUCUACAAUUACAAAAAAAAAAAAAAGUUCCACUUGAAGCUUGUCACUGGACGCUCUUUUUACCUACAAUUGUAUCCCCCAGAUGCAAAGGAAGAUCUGUUUGCAUGCUGGGAAGACUUAGUGUACCUGCGGAGGCCACCAGUAAAGGCUUACAGUGGGACCCUGGCCCAGCCGGCGGGUGACAUCAUCUCCAUUCCUGUGCUGGAGGGGGAGAACAAGAAGAACCCAGCAGUAAGUCUCUGCAGAGACUCUUGGAGAAGGGCCAGGGUGAUUUGGAAGAGCUUCUAAGUCUCCUCCAGGCU